AUGCAACUGUCAUGCCUGCUCGCCAUUGCCGGCCUGGCCGCGGCGGCGACCACUUCCCCCUCCGCCGCCCCUGCGCCGGCGCCGUACACGGGCGGCGACACCUCCGGCUGCGGCAAGACGCACCUCUUCAACGGUCUCCCCACCGCGCGCACCCUCCUCUCCGGCGGCAAGCAGCGGCGAUACCUCGCGCACCUCCCCACCACCUACGACCCGCACCAUCCUCACCCCGUCAUCGUCGGCUUCCACGGGUCCUCCUCCAUCGGCUUCUUCUUCGAGGCCGACACGGGGCUCGACCUACCCCGCUACACCGCCGACAAGAUCACCGUGUACCCGGACGGCCUCGGCGGCGCCUGGGCCGGCGCCAACUACUCCGUCGCCACCGUCGCCGAGGACCUGCGCUUCGUGCGCGACCUGCUCGCCGACCUGCGGGCCAACUUUUGCGUGGACAGCGCGCGCGUCUACGCGACGGGGAUGUCCAGCGGCGGCGGCUUCGUGGACACGAUCGCGUGCGACGCCGAGGUCGGUGGGGAGUUUGCGGCGUUCGCGCCGGCGUCGGGCGCGUUCUACACGAAUAAUGAUGAGAAUGGGAGGGAGUGCAGGCCGGCGCGGGUGCCGAUGCCGAUCUUGGAGUUCCACGGCGGCGCGGACGAGUCGGUGCGGUACGAGGGUGGUGAGGGCGAGGGCGGCGUCGAACCGUCCAUCCCAAACUGGCUUCAGCGAUGGGCAGAGCGCAACGGAUGCGACAGCCCGCACAAGCAGGAGGACCUGUACGGCGGCGGCGUGCACCACCUCAGCUGGACGUGCAAGGGACAGGAGGGCGUGCUGCAGCACUACAAGACGGAUGACCAGAAGCACGACUGGCCGUCGCCGUGGCCCAACUUUUCGCAGCUGGCGGCGCUGGACAAGCCGACGCAUCUCGAGGCAAGCGCGAUAAUUCAGGAAUUUUUCAUGAGGUUUACCCGACCAGAAGAGUAA